AUAGAAUCAAAGGCUCAGAAUCGCAGGAUAACCGUCUCCUGUGUGCAGCUUCUUCAAACCCUGCAAAGGAUCUUGCGGAUGUGGAAGUUCAUAGAUGUUUAUACCAUUACGCCGUUCGUCUGAAAAACCAGGACGGGGAAAUUUUCCUGCGUGACAUUUCUGAAAUGACACUUCAAAAGAGUCAGACCAACGUUACAUCAGCAACAUUCUUUUAUCAGGAUCAUCUUCCCAUCAUAGGAGAAGAUGAAUUAGAACAUAUAGUGGCAAAUAUAGAGACAGAAGCCUUUCACCAGAAAAUUCAGGUUCAAAUUCGGAAAAAUGGAAGCUCUGUGGAAAAUAUAGAGACAGAAGCCAAACAUCAGAAAAUUCAGGUUCAAAUUUGGAAAAAUGGAAACUCUGUGAAGAAAGAAACAACAUUCAGGCCAUCCCUGCAUUAUAUUUUGGAGGAUAUUAAUUUGCGACACAGAUUUGAAGAAUUAACCAGCUGUCCGUGUCAUUUUGUCCACGACAAGAUUCUCAUCGGUAAAAAACUGGAUGUUGAAAACGAAGCAUGUGGUGUUCACGAAUCAACAACUGCAGGAGUAAUCAAGAGUUUAAUAGAGGAGGGAAUUGUAGUUUUUAAACAGAUAGAAAAACAGUGUAAAGAAGAUGAUUUAUUAGUUAAAUACUUCCUUGGAUUGGCAGAGCAUAUCAUGGGAGAAGAAAUGAUGCCAGUUAUCAUUACAACAAAACCACCAACUGAAAAGUUGGUGAAAGAGGCAGAACAACUGACAAUCCCAGUUAUAUACCUCAGGGUAAUGAAAAUAUAAAAUAUCAUGAAAAGGAAUGAAAUAUAUGGAGAGUAGAACAGUAUUCAAGCCCAAAAUUUCAUUAAACAAUACAAAUUAUGGAGCAGAGCAAACACUGACCUCUAAAAUAUCAGUGGAGGAAUCA